GUGUCCGCCUGAUGUCAUUAAGCAGGAGGGGAGGUUGAGCUAGCGGUGGGCAUACGGGUGGAAAGCAUAACAAUAACGUCCAGGCUAGGACUCGCAGUGUUGCUUUUGGAUUGAAAUACGCAGCGUUUUAAACUCCGGGCUUCCCAUCACCGUGGUCCGGAGCAGGAGAACACAGGAGUCGGGUAGAGGCUGGCAGGCUAACGGACCGAAAGCACCAGAUGCUAUUCCAGCGGAGAAGGAGAACGGGGUCCCAGCAGCAGCAGAGGGUGAUGGGUUCUCGUUUCCCUGACGGGUAACAACAAACCUGAGCUAAAGACAGAAAUAAACGCGGAUAUUGCCACGUGAGGGGAGCUUUCUUCUGUUCUCCGGCACCAACGUUUGUGUGACAUUGUUCCUGAAAUGCUAGCGCAGUUGCGGUUUCGGCCGUCGAGCAGCCUCUGGGCCGCAGCUCGGCACACCGAGCCCGAAUCUGGGAAAUAGCUAGCUAGCUGCCUGCUAGCCGCAGCUGUACCCCGAUGCUGCUGCUGCUGCGGCUGCAGCUGUUAAAACGGAUCCAAAAAACAACUCAAGCUGUUUGGGGGCUCGGUGCUGAUUAAAUUAUCGUUUUACAUUAGUGAGCUACAGCAAGCACUUGAGAUGUGAUGCUUUUGUGCCUCGUAUUUGAGCCUUUUGUAGCUGGAGGCUUUCGCUUGGCUGACGCGAAGGAGCUAAUGUUGCUGCAAAAUGCACAGCAGAACCACAACAGCAGGCUCCUGUUGAAGGGGGCGAGGUUGGACUGAUAACGGCCACGGUGUCUCUCAGCACCCCCGGAGUCACAUUUUGGACAUUUUCCCACGUCAUUCACAGCUUUCUCGGCUGGCGACAUGGAUAAACUAACGAUCAUUUCAGGGUGUCUGUUUCUGGCAGCAGAUAUCUUUGCAAUAGCCAGCAUUGCAAACCCGGACUGGAUCAACACCGGUGAAUCAGCAGGAGCCCUCACAGUCGGACUGGUCCGGCAAUGUCAAACGAUUCACGGACGAGACCGGACUUGCAUCCCACCAAGGCUGCCCCCAGAGUGGGUCACCACACUUUUCUUCAUCAUUAUGGGCAUCAUCUCCCUUACAGUCACCUGCGGACUGCUGGUGGCAUCACACUGGCGCAGAGAAGCCACCAAAUAUGCCCGCUGGAUCGCCUUCACUGGCAUGAUCCUGUUCUGCAUGGCGGCGCUCAUCUUCCCAAUAGGCUUCUAUAUCAACGAGGUGGGAGGCCAGCCGUACAAGCUUCCCAACAACACGGUGGUGGGCUCCUCAUAUGUGCUGUUUGUCCUCUCCAUCUUCUUCACCAUAGUGGGACUGCUGUUUGCAGGCAAAGUUUGCCUCCCGGGCUGAGGACUCCAACGCUGUCGCCUCUGGACUGACACGAGAGGCUCUGAAAAUGUCAUGGGAUUUUAAAAAAACAAACACACAUGCAAAAAUGACUGAAAAUCAAAAACGACUAACUCUGGCCAGAAGCCUGAAACGGGGGAAGUUUCUGCUUAUGUGUCGAGGGACCGCAGCACCGUGGAGUACCCAGCGACUAAAAAGACGAAUAAAUGAACAAAACACUAAAAGGGGACAUGGACGCAAAAGGUUGGAGGAGUGCGAGGGCAGCCGAGGCUGCUGCAGCACCCUGCCACUGUUGAUUUAAAAGAAAAAAAAAAAAGAAGAAAAAAGAAAAAGAAAAAUGGUGUCUCUCUGUUGUUGUUCUGUUGGAAAGGGUGCUUAAUGUGCUGCUGUCAUGGCAACCGCGACCACAACGCUGGCGCACAUUUCUUGAGGACCACUAAAGUCACUCCUCGACUUGAUUUCCGGCCACCCGCCCCACCUCGCCGCUCUCAGCACUCAUCUGCGCCGUCACGACCGCUCCUGUUGCUGUUUUUGGCUUCUCUUAGCUAUUUUUAGUUUUGUGUUUUUUCUGUUGUUGUACAAUUUGUGUUCUUUUUUUCUACUUCUCCUUCUUCUUCCUCCCCCACCACCUUUGUCCACUGAAGUUGUUUGAGUGUUACUGAGGUUCACUGAGCUGAACCCUUGAAGGGAACCCUUCGUGGAGUGUGGGAGAUUGCAAAAGCUUGGCUUUAGAGCGGGGUUUAUUCUCUCCUGUCACAUUUGCACAGCCCCAGGUGUGUGGGAGAGGUGAGCAGCUGCGGUCACAGCUGUCAGGGGGCCACACACGGGCUGCUGUGGAUGAGAGGAAGAUGCAGGUGUGCUUCCUCUUUUGUCUCCAGCCAGCUACUGCUCAGGAGCAGGUAGCCCCAAAGGGGAGGCUGACCUCCCUGGGCAGCAGAAUACAAGGUCAAGCACCAUUAAGGAGAAUGCCACUUACUGUAAGACCUUGCAUAGUGUUAUUAAUAGCAGCAAAGUAUUAGUGAGUGUAGACAGCUCUGCUAAGCCAUCAGCUAACGCCAUCAUGCUGAUACACUCCCACAGCCAGUAACUAGAAGACUGUGAAUUUACAGAAUAAUCAUCAUAAACGCACCUCGUAUUUAUAGUAAUACACUUAAUUGCGUUAAGCACAGCCACACGCCUAGUGGCCUUUUCAAAGUAUUUUGUAGGGAUCACUGCAGUGUUGCAUUUUUUCUGCGGGUUGGGAGCUUCCCUGAGUGGAAGCCGGAAGUUAUAAGUGGUGUGAAAAUAACAUGCGAAUGCUAAAAAAUCAGUGGUAUUCUCCUUUAAUGUUGGACAGGAAGUAAGUGAGCCAGGAGCAGUUUGUUCGCUCUUUCUUUCUUUGUGCAUCAGUGAAGGGACUGCAGGUCAGGUCCAUGCAUAGGGGGGCUGUGCCUCGGUUUGCUGCUCGUGAUGUCUGUGAAUGCAACACACACAUACAUUAACGCACACAACUACAAAAAUAUAUUUACCCUUCCAGGGUUUUUCCUGGCCUGCAGUGAACCUUCAGUGAGUUAUUUUCCUGUAGGAAAAAAAUUAAAAUUAAACCUUUAAUUAAUAAAAUAAUUUGGUGAUUCUGGCAUAACGUCUUUUAAAGGAGCCCAAAAAGUCCUCUGUGAGGGGAAAAGCCCUGCACACAGUCUGCGCUGGUUUUAUUGUAGUAAUUACUUUAUCAGUGUCCAGAUUAAUUUGCACCACUCUUUGCUCACUACAAGUUCUUAGCUGUCUUGCGGUUGUUUCUGGUCUCUUACUACAAAUAGAAACUGCAUAAAAUACAACAAAAAGAAUGCUCCUUUAACAAAUAUAAUCAAUUAGGAGGUUUGAACUAUGUAAAUGGGACAAUAUUGCAGCGCUCUGUACCAUUUAUACUAACAGUGAGGGUGCGACCACUCGCUACAGUAGUUGCCACUCAGACACAUCCUCCUCAUCAGCACUGGUAUAAGAGUAAAGGUAAUAAUCUGUGAAUUUCUGAACUUUUAUACUGAUACAUCUUUAAAGGAAGUAAAAACCAACACAAUUGUGUCUUCAGCCCUUAGGGGCAGUGGUAGCACCAGUGCAAUGUUACAAAAACUGAGAAGUCCAGGACUGGAAAUGUUAGCCUGCGCUAACAGAUGUCACGUUAUUUUUGUCGUACACGCUGGCAGAGGAAGGUUUAAAGUCACAAUGAUCCUCAGGCAAGUUUUGAAUUUACUAGAAGGCUCUUAGUUAGGAUUUAGAAGUGGACUUAUCAAGAUUGAUUUGAUAUGGAUAACAUCCUCAGGACGUGCGAGUCUCUCUCGAAAGUUUAAAAAUAUAUAUAUAUAUCAGCAAAUGUUGAGAUUGAACUGAUAAGCCUGACUUCUGUCCCUCGACACAACCUCGUAGCUCACACACUUCUGGUUUAAACACGGCACCAAAUUCAUACAGAUACAGUGUAUCCAUCCUAUCUUCCAUCGGCCUUCACAGAGCCUUUCCUUAACUAAACAAAAAAAAAAAAAUGUCACAAGAGGCAGAAAUUAUUCGUUUUCCAUCAGCACUGGGGUGUCGGCACAGGAUCGUUGGAGCUACUGUUCUCACUGGGCACGUUUAGAGCUACUGCAAGAAAUUCACCAGUGAUUGGCAAAUGCAGCCCACCGAUUUGUCCAAUGUGAUUUUUAUCUUCUUCCCACGGAAAUUACCCCAUCAAACCUGUCAAAAUGUGAGCCAGUUCUUCAAAAAUACACCAAGGCAGAGCUGGCCCCGCACCAGUGCUGUGCUGGUGGGAAAAGAGGUGUCACUGCUGAAGCUGGAACCAGCAGCCGAUUAGCAUUUCUGAUUUAUUAUCGAAAUAGCUGCUGAUUCAUUCUCCUUCAGUCAUUGCAGCUCUUUCAGACAUUCAUAGCAUACUGUAAAUGUAGGGAGCAUGCAAGCUGCUGACCCUAGGACCUCUCCUGGAAAGUGUGUGUGUGUGUGUGUGUGUGUGUGUGUGUGUUGAACCGAUUGCAGUCGCUCACUCGCCAAGUCUUAGACUUUUUGUUUUGUAUUUUCUGUUUCCUGCUCAACUUUUCUUACUCUGUCUGAUGAUGUAUACUGCUAUUCUGUACACUUUGCAGUGCCCUGUCUUGGUUGGUUCAGUAUUGUGCCAUGACCUACUUCUUUUUCUUUCUUUUUUUCUUUCUUUUUUUUUUUUUUUAAAUAAUG